CGGAUAUCCGACGGGGAUCUCUAUCUGUAUUCUGACGUCAUCGUUGACUUGAACGCAAGAGCUAACAGCUAGCUAGUGGGCUAGCAGGAGUUCGCGAUGUUUUUGUUAUGUGCUGUUGCCACGUCGCUAAUAUAAUGUCCAGGCAGCAGUGUGAGAACCAGAGACAAGAGACUCUAUUUUCAUUCGAGCUUUUGGUGGAGUUUAUUCGAAUUGACGGAGAAAGGAAAAUCUCCGACGAGCUUGCUGUUGGAAUACGACUGUUGGAUUUUCCGACCCUGCUUAUUUAUCCGCCUGAGCUGAGAGCAGAUGACACAAUUCAGCACGACAGUAACAGACGAUGGUUGUAUUCUUUUAACAGAGGCAAGUCUUGUUUCUUCGAAAUGGAUCUUGACUCUCUGCAUAGGCAACUCACCAACACCCCUGUCUAUGUUAUGAUUCUCGAUGUCAAAGACGAGAUACCCAAAUUUUUAGGGACGUCCCUCAUCUCGUUGGCUACAAUCAUGAACAGAAUCAAACACGAUUCCCUUCAGCACGGCGUAGCUAGUUGCUCAUCAUAUGGCGAGAGGGGGUGCGUGCGUGUAAACAAUCUUGCAGAGGAACCGAUUGGAGUUAUUUCUUUGAGUUAUAAACUGCUAAUGGUAGGAGUCAGUCUACCACCACAUGUGACGAAAAAUAUGCCGGUCUACAGAGAACAGUGUGCUGAAGAGGCCAUCAUGAAGAAGAGUACACAUCAAAAAGUGCAUUCUGGCUGUGUGAGAGUUAAUUUGCCCACUCAGGACAAUUCUGAUGCUGGUGGGAAUAAUGUGGAUAAUCAAGCUGUGUCUACUCAGACAGAAAAUGACCGUAUACGCCAAAUUCCUCACACAGUCCAAGAACAAAGAGGUUUUGAUGAGGACCUUUCUGUGUUUUGUCCCCCGUGUCUUUAUUAUUGUAAUUCUGGCAAGGAAGAACGCCAAAACAAAGGAAAUGAGUACAGGUUAGUUCAACCUGACUCAAAAGCUGGAACACACAAAGACACUAUCUCUGAAAAUGCAACUGAAAAUUCCUCAGCAAUAGACGAGCCUGUGGAACAGGGGCUUAAAAUGUCAAGUGUGGCUCCCAAUGUCCUUGAGGAAGCUUUGAAACCGCUACCUCUCCUAAAUGCUCUUUUUGUUGAAUUGUCACAGUUAAAUGUCUACAACCAGCACCACCAGCCUGUGUCGAAUCAACCGGCCCUACCUUGGAUUAAUAAAGCAUCAUCUAUUGGAGCUUCAGAUGGACAAGUAGACACAACAAAGAAGUCAAAGUCAAGACCAGAGCAGGAAAGCAGCCGGGUCCACUGUCCUCAUUUAAAACAUUUGCAUUACUCCAGAAAUGUUUCUCUAUACAAUAUGAAGGAUGAACCUGAAGGACCAAUGCAAAACAAAGUUCCAAUUGAGAGGAAAGUAAACAGAAAAAAGUUGGUGUAUGGAAUAACUAAAACAUACAAUCUAAGGCGUCAGAAAAACUGCACUGUGGCGAAACAUCGCGACUGUUUGACAUCACACGCGCCCAGUGAAACACGGUCAAAUACAAGGAAAGGAAAGAAAGCGGCUAAACUCAAGAGUUCGAUUCCCAAAGAGAAUAAGGACACACAAAAUCUGGAAGUGGUCGCUGUGGUGCAAGAUAUGACAAAGCUAAAACAUGAAGAUAAAUUCAAGUUGGAAAGUCCUAAGCAAUGCAGCAAAUUUCCGUCUUUCUCAGUCCCUCAUGUUGAGGAUGGCAAUGAUGCCGCUAGCAACAAGCUUCCUGAAAUUAGCCCGACAUGGUCUAAAUCGAAGAGCCCAAGUGUGAAGCUGGACUCUUGUCAAAGUACUAGAAACAGCAGCCAAAGGUCAUCAGUGUCAGACCUCAACAAGGAAGAAGACUAUGCAGAUGACUUUAACAGUUUUGGGGCCAGUGAUGCAGACACCACCACCAGUCCCGAGCCUCCAAAACCUACAUUUCUCAGUGGAUUACACACUUUGGAUUCAGACUCAGAACCUGUCAAGGAGAGACCUCUGCUCCCUGCACCCGUUAGAGGUCAGAGCCCUGUUCAGCGGGCUCUAAGGGGUACGCACAUCAUCCAGCUUGGAUCAAGAAACUCUGCGCUCAGCUUGUCUUCUGAUGAUGACGAGGCAGGAUUAGCCUCUGUGCAAAUGUUAUGCUACAAGAAACAAGAAAAGGAAGAGAGUUCUGACGCGACGUCACCGAAGGGGCAAACCAGUGAGAGCAGCAGUUUCAUUCACCGAGGUUCUUCAAACUCUCUGUGCUCUGCUCCAUUGGGGGCUGAGGAGCUGGAAGAUGAGCUUGGAUCCCUGGACUUUAGAAAACAGUAUCAACAUAUUUCUGAACUUGUGGCCUUCAAGCUCCCUGGUUACACAAUGUAAACACUAUUUCUGUACCACAUACAUAGAGGCCCUUAUGGGCUUCUAGUGUUGCACACAAUACUGGUUACAUAUGAUGUGUGAAUUUAUAUUUGAAAUAAAGUAGAAAACAAAGCCUCAA